CGGAGACGGGGUGGGGGGGUUGAUGACGCAGCGAGUUUUAGUCGUGACUUUUUCGAGAAAAUCUUCCGGCGGCUUUUUUUUUUUCAUUGAAACCCUGCCCACCUUUCAUUGGGGUGGGAAAGGAGAGAGCCAGGAAAAAACGAUUGAGUUGCACCAGCAGGAGCCGCCGCCGCUGCGGUUGAUGUGGUUUGGGCCGGGGCUGUGGAGUGUGAGAAGAUGCCGCAGUCCAAGUCCCGGAAGAUCGCUAUCCUGGGGUACCGGUCCGUGGGGAAAUCUUCAUUGACAAUUCAGUUUGUGGAAGGCCAAUUUGUUGACUCUUAUGAUCCAACCAUAGAAAACACAUUUACAAAAUUGAUCACAGUAAAUGGACAAGAUUAUCAUCUUCAGCUGGUAGACACAGCUGGGCAAGAUGAGUACUCCAUCUUUCCUCAGACGUACUCCAUAGACAUUAAUGGUUACAUUCUUGUGUACUCAGUUACAUCAAUCAAAAGUUUUGAAGUGAUUAAAGUUAUCCAUGGCAAGUUAUUGGAUAUGGUGGGGAAAGUCCAAAUCCCUAUUAUGUUGGUUGGGAAUAAGAAAGACCUACAUAUGGAGCGGGUGAUCAGUUAUGAAGAAGGGAAAGCUUUAGCAGAAUCUUGGAAUGCAGCUUUUUUGGAAUCUUCUGCUAAAGAAAAUCAGACUGCUGUUGAUGUAUUUAGGAGGAUAAUUUUGGAGGCAGAAAAAAUUGAUGGGGCAGCUUCACAAGGAAAGUCUUCAUGCUCAGUAAUGUAAAUUCUACUGCAAAACCUGAGGACACUGGGAAUAUAGUCUACCUGAAGAAGCAAACUGCCCAUUAUCCUUUAAGAUAAACUAUGCUUCUUUUUUCUUCUGUUAACCUGAAAGAUAUCAUUUGGGUCAGAGCUUUUUUUUCCUUCCCUCCAGAUUAUGUUCAACUCUGACUUCUGUCCAUAUGGCUUUACUUCCAUUUUCAAAUUUUAAACAAUCAUAUUUUCAAUUUAUAUAUUGUAUUUCUUAAUAUUAUGACCAAGAAUUUUACCGGCAUUAAUUUUUCAGUGUAGUUUGUUGGUUAAAAUAAUGUAAUCAUCAAAAUGAUACAUAUUGUUACACUACUCUUAACCAGGCUUGGAUAUCAGUGUUUCUUUCAUUGUGUUAAAUGUAUACUUGUAAAUAAAAUAGCUGCAAACCUUA